AUCGUGUGGAUUUGUCUGGUCGCUUCAUGCAAGGACGCUGGUGGUGCUACGAGGAGGGUUGCACUAAAAAUUUCAAGCAUGAAAAAGAUCUCCGAUGGCACUUGCGAGCCCAUGAGAUGGUUCGUCGAGGUGAGACCAAAUGUCCCAUCGCAGGAUGUAACGCAGUCUUCUCUAGACCAUGGGUUUUACAGCGUCAUGUAGAUGAGCAGCACCCACCAUCAGGUGAGGAACCAGGCGGUAGGCGCAAAGCUAAACGCAGCAGCAGUCAAGCGGUUGAUCGUGAUCCAGAUGACGAAGGCGUGGAAGGAGGCAGGUACAAGUGCGAUAGACCCGGAUGUAAGGGGGCUUUUGACACCAAAGACAAGCUCCGAAAGCACGUAAGAAAUCACGAGGUGGUCAAUGAAGGUAGAACAAUCUGCUCCACUUGCAAGAAAUCAUUUUCCUCAAGGUCAGUCAAGAGGCGCCAUCAAGCAACAGCAAGGCACGCCCAAACACCAUCACCACCGAGAGAACCAAAACAAUUCCAAUGCCCUUUAUGCGACAGAAGUUAUGACAGACAAAAUACUCUGAAUGAUCACUUGAAAUCCCACGAAGGAAAAGCUGAUUGCCCUUAUUGCCCCAAAAGUUACAGAAGACCGGAAGGAAUGCACGAACAUGUAAGAAAACAACACCCCGACAAGCCCGACCCAAGGGAUAAACACAAUCCAAAUUAAAAACCACCAAUAUCAUUUCCUAAGGAACACUGUGAUAACCAUGAUGGGUAAGUUGUGCUGGUCACAGAAUCGUGUUUUGAUGCUGAUGUAGCCUGGCUAAAAAUAAUUGGAUCUUUACGAACGGGAACUUUCUACGUUCAAUAUUACCUGAGAAAAUGUAUUUUGAAAAGUCGCGUUUUUGAAGUCAUCUACCGUGGUAGUGAAACCCUUAGUUUCUUCCUCCCUGCUGUCAUCCGAGUUUCAUUUUACCGUCGAUUUUCAAAAUAACCAGUGCAAUUGAUGUUGUCUCUGGCAAAUGUGCGUCAAACUGACCGAUGAGAGCAAAGUGGAAGGAGCAGUUCUUAUUCUUUUUAGCUAAUCUACAAGAAUCAAGCUCCAAAACACGAUUCUAUGACCGGCGCAUCUUACCCAUUUGACAGCAUAUAAAAAGAACUACGCUUCACUAAGUGAUUACAUAUUUUUUCCAACUCAGUGGACAGUUUGCCAUACUACGAUUUUAAUUACUUUUAUUGACUGAUAACAUAAAAAAUUCAAGCAGAAGAUUAUUACUUAGAUGCAAACAACUUAAGUAAAUUCACUCCGAUAUCGAUGGCCAAAGUGCAAAACCACGUAUCUCCGUUUGCGAAGUUGCAGACUUUCCGUCCUUCCAGCAAAAUAUUCUGCAAAAUUUGCAGUUAUUUGAUUUGCUCGGUUCUCGUCGAAAAAAUUAAGUAGAAGCGGAAAUUUUGAAACACCGCAUGGAAGAUACGUCAUUUUGCACUUAAAUUAUCGAUGUCCUGAAGGUUGUUUGUAACAUUUACUCUCCCAUUCCUGUAGACACUUCUUUUUCGAAGCAUUUAUAAUUCCACGACAUCUUUUAUAACUGUGGGCUUUGGUGACUAUGUGUUAUAUCUGGUUACUACUAUAUACUGUAUAGCAUCAUAAUUACUCCUUAAUUGGGUAAAAGAAAACGUUGAUGUUCUCCUUCAUUAACUUUCCUUCAGUUAGGCACAUUUGUUGUGUUUGAAUUGUCAAUUUUCUGUCUUGGCUAAUGUAUUUACAUUCCUUCCCUUUCUUUUAUUAUUAUUAUUAUUAUUAUUUGGCAUUUUUUCGGCAAUAAAAUUAUCUUCUUCACUAUAAACAUAUUUUUAUUCCGUGUCCAACAUAAGGUGAAGGUUUAAUUUCCUGCUUUUCACAUUUUGAGAAAUCCACCUUUAUUUUAAACUUCCGAGUCAAUCCGGCAUAUGAUUAGUUUAAAUUGUCAUAUUUGCGCACAAAUUCGCCACUUUUUGGAAAAAUUGUUGAAGAGCACCAACUCGGGCGGCCUGGAGCUGGCAAAUUUUUUCAGUCACAAUGGAUCAGACCUAGGGCGACAAAAAACCAAUUUUCAGCAUGGCGACGGCAAAAAAU